UUCAAUAAUGCUGCUCAAAUAUAUUCUAAUAUGUUUCCUACUGCAACAGGUAUCAUCAGCUGUUAAUGACUGUCCAUUUCCUGAACACCAUCCUGAGCAUCACGUAGCCAAUAAACUUAUCAAUGAUAAAGAGGUGUGCUCUGACUUUUAUGUUAAAUGUAUAACCACAUCCGACCAAACUUGUUUUGAAAAAUAUAAUGAUUGUUUGAAAGCUGUAAUAGAGGAUUUCAAAGAUGCUGCCAUAGAUUUUGAUCUUUUAAUCUUAAUUGUUAUAGAGGCACAGAAUGAAGCUGAUAUCGAUUGCAAUUCAAUUGUUAAACUAGCAAAAAAUAAUGUUAUGUCAUAA